CGGGGGAGCCCCACGCUGGAGGAGCCCAAAAGAGUGGAAGAGCCAGUGCUGGAGACUGUCCCAGGGAAAUCCUAAGGUCAUUCAUUAUGAAGUGUACCGCGCAGGAGUGGCUCAGAGUAACCACAGUGCUAUUCAUGGCUCGAGCAAUUCCAGCCAUGGUGCUUCCUAAUGCAACUUUGUUGGAGCAACUUUUGGAAAAGUACAUGAAUGAGGAUGGUGAGUGGUGGACGGCCAAGCAAAGAGGGAAAAGGGCCAUCACAGACAAUGACAUGCAGAGCAUCUUGGAUCUUCAUAAUAAGUUACGGAGUCAGGUGUACCCAACAGCUUCUAAUAUGGAGUAUAUGACAUGGGAUGUGGAGCUGGAACGGUCUGCAGAAUCCUGGGCAGAAACGUGUUUGUGGGAGCACGGACCCUCUAGCCUGCUGCCAUCCAUUGGACAGAACUUAGGAGCACACUGGGGAAGAUAUAGGCCCCCAACAUUUCAUGUGCAAGCAUGGUAUGAUGAAGUGAGAGACUUUAGCUACCCCUAUGAACAUGAGUGCAACCCAUACUGUCCAUUCAGAUGCUCCGGCCCCGUAUGUACUCACUACACACAGGUAGUGUGGGCAACAAGUAGCAGAAUAGGAUGUGCCAUUAAUUUGUGCCACAACAUGAAUAUCUGGGGACAGACAUGGCCCAAAGCUGUCUACCUGGUGUGCAAUUAUUCCCCAAAGGGAAACUGGUGGGGCCACGCCCCUUACAAACAUGGAAGGCCCUGUUCUGCUUGUCCUCCUAGUUUUGGAGGAGGCUGUAGAGAAAACCUGUGCUACAAAGAAGGGUCUGAUGGGUAUUAUCCAGCCAGAGAAGAGGAGACAAAUGAAGUUGAACGGCAGCAGGCACAAGUGCACGACUCCCACGUCCGGACAAGAUCGGAUGACAGUAACAGGAAUGAAGUCAUCAGCACCCAGCAAAUGUCCCAAAUAGUUUCUUGUGAAGUAAGACUACGAGACCAGUGCAAAGGGACCACCUGCAACAGAUAUGAAUGUCCUGCUGGCUGUUUGGACAGCAAAGCCAAAGUAAUUGGCAGUGUACACUAUGAAAUGCAAUCCAGCAUCUGUAGAGCUGCAAUUCACUACGGUAUAAUAGAUAAUGAAGGUGGCUGGGUAGAUGUCACUAGACAGGGAAGAAAACAUUAUUUCAUCAAAUCUAAUAGAAAUGGUGUUCAAACCAUCGGCAAAUAUCAGUCUGCUAAUUCCUUCACAGUCUCUAAAGUAACAGUUCAGGCUAUAACUUGUGAAACUACUGUGGAGCAACUCUGCCCAUUUCAUAAACCUUCUUCACACUGCCCAAGAGUGUAUUGUCCUCGUAACUGCAUGCAGGCAAAUCCACAUUAUGCUCGUGUGAUAGGAUCUCGAAUCUAUUCUGAUAUGUCCAGUAUCUGCAGAGUAGCCAUCCAUGCUGGAGUGGUUCGAAAUCAUGGUGGUUAUGUUGAUGUUAUGCCUGUGGACAAAAGAAAGACCUACACUGCUUCUUUUCAGAAUGGAAUCUUCUCAGAAAGUUUACAGAAUCCUCCCGGAGGAAAGGCAUUCAGAGUAUUUGCUGUCGUGUGAAAUGGAGUGCUUGGAAGGGGAUCAUAAAGACUGUUCUAAAUGCCAUAUUUCUGAAGUUUGUAUAAAACUGUAACAUUACUGUACAAAAGAUAGCAACUAUUUAACCCCCUACAAGUGCCAAAUGCAUAUACAUCUUGAUAGACAAAGUCUAUAAAAUAAAACAUGGGACAUAGCUUUGGGAACAAAAAUAAUGAAUAUGUAAUGGUUUUAGAAAUCCUGUGUUAAAUAUUGCUAUAUUUUCUUAGCAGUUAUUUCUAUAGUUAAUUACAUAGUCAUAAUUGUUCUACAUUUCAUAUAUUACAUGGUGCUUUGUAUAUGCCACUAAUAAAAAUGGAGCUAAGCAGUGAAUGUGAAUGGCCCACAGAAAAUUAUCUGGUGCACUAAAACCAAUCGAUUUUAAAACUGAAAGAAAUCUUUUAUCAGAUUUUUUCCCAGUCCCAUGCCAUAUUACCCUACUCUAAAUCUCAAGUUGUUUUCUACUUAGUACCUGUAUAGUGUUCUUCUUUUUUCAGUUUAGAUAUAUACAGUACUAAGUCCUGAUAUUGCACUUAUUAUUUUGUAUAAAAUAAUAUUUUAAUAUUCAAGUGAACCUGUUAAAAAUCUUUGACUCCUUUGGAAUGACUUUAACUGUAAGUGGAAUAAAGUCAAAGUUGUGGUAUGUGGUAUGACUAGUGAUUAUGUAAUGUUAGAGUCACACAUUUUUGUUUUAUAUCCUGGCACAUACUCCUGCAGGCCAGGAAGUAUAAUAGCAAGAACAAAGAUGGACCGAUGUCUUAUCUCACCAUUGCCACUGAUUUUCAUAAUGGCAAAUGGCCUUGUGUAUAAAUGUUGCUAUAUUAUGGUACCUAGAGUGGUGAU